AUGUACUCCUCCGCCUAUGACACGGGCUCAUCGCGGUCGCCGGGCUCACACCGCCACCAGCCCAACACGCUGCACCGCCAGCCCUCCCGCCAGUUCGACGCCUACGGACAGCUGCCCACCGGCGGCCUCUACACUGCGGAGGACCACGCCCGAGGCUACGAUUCGCAGCCUCGAAAUUACGACCGACUCAACGCUACCAUACACAGCGGGUACGGCUACGACAUGGGGGGCAGCCAGGCAUGGAACGCCAGCGCGUUCAACCAAAACAACCCCCUCUCGACCAUCGGGGCCUCGAGCAGGAUGAAGCAGCCGGCACGGGGCCGGAGUGCUCUGCCUACGCCCUGGAUGGACCAACCACAGCCGCUUCCCAACUUCUCCUCACUUCCAGGCCUUGGGCCCGGACACCCCAACUCCGGGCUAGGCCCAUCCCUGCGACAGGAUAGCUACAAUCCCGAAAUGGACGAGGAGUUGAUCCCUACGGCUAUCGUCAUCAAGAACAUUCCCUUUGCCGUCAAGAAGGAGCAGCUUGUGCAGCUGAUGACCGAUCUACGACUUCCGCUGCCUUACGCGUUCAACUACCACUUCGAUAACGGGGUAUUCCGAGGUCUUGCUUUUGCAAACUUCACGACUGCCGACGAGACGGCCCAGGUCAUCGAUACUAUGAACCAUUUCGAGCUCCACGGGCGCAAGUUGAGGGUCGAAUACAAGAAGAUGCUCCCCUUGGCGGAACGGGAGAGGAUUGAGCGAGAAAAGAGGGAACGUAGAGGCCAACUCAUUGAGCAGCAUCAGCCCAUGACGGGAAGUCUAACGACGCAGCAGUCCUACUCUUCUCUCAACUCCCAUGUGCCCGCACAGUCGCCUUCGCCAGUGUCAGGGCAGGCAUCGAAGCUCAACGUAGACAUGAACGACGCCCAGGUGCUGCAAUUUUACUCACAACUUUUGUUGUUCAAGGAGACCGCCGAGCGCGAGAGCAUGACUUUCCCUCCCUCGUUGGCACCAAGCCAGCGCCGCAUCGUCCAUACCCUGGCCCAUAUGCUGGGACUAGCACAUCUUUCCAAGGGCAGUGGUGAGCAGCGACAGGUUCACAUCUUCAAGCUUCGCGAUGAUCCGAACAUGAGCCCGCCCAUGCCUCAAAUGCCGACCAGCCAUCCGAAUGAGCAACCGCGCCGAGGCCUCAACAGGGCUGCCACCACAGAUUUUAGCGAUGUGAGAGCACAUGAGUCAUUCUAUGGCAACCUCAACCGACAAGGAUCUGGGUUUCUUGGAUUUCCGGAUUCUCCUGGUGGCUUGACUGCAGGCCCGAAUCUUCGAGCCGCAAAGUCGUAUGCGGAUCUUCGAUCCUACACGCCAUCGCCAGUGCCCUCAAUAGCCAGCCUUCCUCCUGUGCAUCACUCGAGGAGAGAGGGAGAGUACUUUUCUUCCACGAAUCCUAGCGUCACCCCUACGGCUACAUCAAUGAGCCAGCGUGAUGAGGGUCUUUUGGUGAACGGCUUGAAUACUAUGAACCUCGGCAAUGGGUUCGGUCAGAAUGGUAGCCCGCGAGGUCUACGCGGAAUGAUGUCUUGGGACCGAGAACGAGAGAACCCUGGCCCGAUUGGGGGUCACCGGUCUUUCAGCACAAAUUACGAUGAGCAAAGCCGUGACAGGAGCCAGGGACUGCCGUCGCGACAACCCCGAGGACCCGGUCUAGAACGCGGCACUGGAUUCUCCCGUGGCAGGCAGAACGGCCACCAUGGCCGCAACAGCGAUGAGCUCUCAUCGCAAUCGAAUGUCGAAAUUGUUGUCGAGUAG